GCUAAACGUUGCCCGUGCAACAACCAUGUGCUCAAUAACUCAUUGGCAAGAUCAUCCAAAGUAGUUUCCUGUCGCAAUACAUCUGGCACAAUGAGAAAAGUUGUAGCAUUCGCCAAUGCAUCCGCUAAGAGACAUGAAAUUUUCAAGGUAGAACUCGGAGCUGCCAUGCAAGGUAUUUGUGAGACACGUUGGGUAGAGAGGCAUGAUGGGCAUUUUCAAUUUCAAGGAGACAACUUAGUCAAAAUUUGUAGCGCUCUGGAGAAGAUUUCUGCUUGGCAAGACAAUAAAACUGCUAAUGAUGCGCAUUGCUUGCUGCAAACAUUGCGCAGUUCGGACUUUAUUAUAUCCUCCAUCUGUUUAAGUGAUGUAUUAGGUACUACUGUAUCUUUAAGCAGAGUACUGCAAUCGAAAACAAUUGAUUUAAAAAAAUGUACGGACGCUAUUAAUGAUACUUUAAGUGUUUUACAAAAUAAAAGAGAAAAUGUGGACGUAAUCUACCGACAGCUUUUUGAAGAGGCUAAAGAAGUAGCUGAGCAGCUAGAUGUAGAGAUUAAAUGCCCCAGAAUGAUGUCACAGUAUGAGGAAACGGAAAAGCGCCAAAUGCUUGAAGGAUUGACAAACGACAUUGACAAGAUAGAAGGCAAGACAGCUAAAAUUUGUGGAAAAUACUGGGACAGGUGA